ACGAGGACAUUGCUGAGGCCAUAAGCCAUGAGGAAUACAUAACACACUAAGUAACUGAGAGACAAGAUUGUGAGCCGGGCUACUCAUCCCAGGUGAAUCAUGUCUGCGGCUUUGGAUGAAUACUGCGGCUCUGUGUUCUGGAAUUCUUCCUUCCUGGAUAGGCCCGACCCAGAUUUGCCGGUCUGUUUCCAACAAACUGUCCUCGUCUGGAUCCCUCUUAUAUUCUUCUGGCUCUUCGCUCCAUGGCAACUCAUCAACUGGUGCAGAUCUGGGAAAGCGAAAUCCCCCAUCACCAAACUUUACCUGGCCAAGCAGUUCUUCACCUUGCUACUUUUCUUCACAUCGGUUGCUGGAAUUGGGAUCACAGUUUGGGAGCAUGUAAAAGAACAAUCUGCCACUUAUCCUGACAAAAUUGUCCCUGCUGUGCUGUACAUUAAUCCCCCCCUGCAUACUGUUACAUGGGUCAUGGUGUUACUAAUUCACCACGCUCGGCGAUACUGUAUCCGUGCGGAUUCCGGAUCUCUUUUCAUCUUCUGGAUCCUCUGUAUCGUUUGUGGGGUUUUCCCAUUCCAGUCAUUAAUUCGGGAAUCGCUGAAGGGAGAUAUUCCCGACCUCCCCAGAUUCUGCUUGUUUUUCAUCUCAUAUAGUCUCCAAAUUAUUAUAGUUAUCGUCUCUUCCAUCUCAGAGACAAGUGACCUCACAAAGAAGAAUCCUGAAUUAACAGCAUCUUUUCUAAGUAGAAUCACCUUCAGCUGGUAUGAAAGCCUUGUCUGGAAAGGGUACAAGCACCCUUUAGUCAUGGAAGACCUCUGGGAAUUAAAUAAAGAGGAUAAAACUAAAUUCACAUAUGAAGCGUUUGAGAAACAAAUGAAGAAAGAAGUAACCAAAGCAAAGAAGGAGCUGGCGAAACGGCGGAAUAAGUGGAAACAGAAGCACAACACUAUUGAAAUGAACGGACUGAGCAAGGCCCAGAGCCGGGAUAUGCUGGUGGGGGAAGAAAAGGAAAAGGGUAAAAAGAAAAAAGAAUCUAUAGCAGGAACCAGUAAAGAUUUCCCCAAGUCCUGGCUAUUCAAGACCCUGAUUAAAAUCUUCUCCAAUAUACUACUCAAGUCCGCGUUCUUUAAGCUCAUCCAUGAUGUGCUGGUGUUCGUCAACCCACAGAUCUUGAAAGCGAUGGUCUCAUUCACGGCUAACCCGGCGGAGCAUCUGUGGACGGGAUAUCUCUACGCUGUCCUUCUGCUUGUAGCCGCUUUCAUUCAGUCGCUGUGUCUGCAGCAGUAUUUUCAGGGCUGCUUUGUGCUGGGGAUGAGGGUCCGUACUACCCUAAUGGCUGCAGUAUACAGAAAGGCGCUGACUGUCUCCAAUGCCACCCGGAAAGAGGCAACAGUGGGGGAGACGGUAAACCUGAUGUCGGCAGAUGCACAGAAAUUCAUGGAUCUCACUAACUUCAUUCAUCUCAUCUGGUCAUCACCCUUGCAGAUUGCUAUUUCUGUUGUCUUCCUGUGGGUAGAGCUUGGACCUUCAGUCAUGGCUGGUCUUGCAGUGAUGGUCCUGCUGAUCCCCAUCAAUGCUGUUCUAGCCACCAAGUCUAAGUCCUUCCAGAUGAGAAACAUGCAAAAUAAAGACAAGCGGCUGAAAAUAAUGAAUGAGAUUCUCAAUGGUAUCAAGAUCUUAAAGCUGUAUGCCUGGGAACCGUCAUUUGAGAAACAGGUGCAGGAGAUCCGUGAGAAGGAGCUGAAGGACAUGUUACACUUCGCUUAUCUCUUCUCUGUGUCCCUCUUCAUCUUUACCUGUGCACCAUUCCUGGUGUCGGUUGCCAGUUUCGCUGUGUACGUGGUGGUGGAUACAGACAAUGUGCUGACUGCAGAGAGAGCGUUUACAUCCAUAUCUCUGUUUAAUGUCCUGCGCUUCCCUCUCUCCAUGCUACCCAUGCUUAUCUCUAACAUGGUGCAGACCAACGUGUCCUGUGCCCGGCUGGAGAAGUAUCUCGGAGGCGAUGACUUGGAUAACUCAGCUAUCCACAAUGAUCCUGAUGUUGAUGCAGCAAUCCAGUUUUCUGAUGCCACCUUUACCUGGGAGCCGGACACUUCCCCAGCAGUUAAAAAUGUUAACCUGGACAUUAAGGAAGGUCAUCUAGUUGCGGUUGUUGGAGGAGUGGGGUCAGGAAAAUCUUCCCUUGUUUCUGCAAUGCUCGGAGAGAUGGACCAUAUAAGCGGGCACAUCAAUAUAAAGGGCUCUGUGGCCUACGUUCCUCAGCAAGCCUGGAUCCAGAACGCCACUCUGAAAGAUAAUAUCCUGUUUGGGGCACCUCUGGAUGAAGUGCGGUACCAGCGAGUCCUAGAGGCGUGCGCCCUGCUCCCAGAUUUGGAGAUACUGCCUGGAAGGGAUCUUUCUGAAAUUGGAGAAAAGGGCAUAAACUUAAGUGGAGGACAGAAGCAGCGUGUGAGUCUGGCCCGGGCAGUGUACCAAGACACAGACAUAUACAUCCUUGAUGACCCGCUCUCGGCUGUGGAUGCCCACGUUGGGAAACACAUAUUUGAGAAGGUGAUCGGCCCUGGUGGAUUACUGAAAAACAAGACCCGUAUCCUGGUCACCCAUGGUGUUAGUUUCCUGAAGCACACGGAUGAAAUAGUGGUGUUAGUGGAUGGCGUCGUCACUGAGACCGGAUCGUACAAAACCUUACUGGCAAACAACGGAGCAUUCGCAGAGUUUCUCAGGACCUAUGCGAAGCAAGACCAUGCCUGGGAUAUAGAACCUACAGUGUUACUUGGUGCAGACGAGGAGGAAGAUGGUGAAGACCCAGUGGAGCAGGCUGCAGAAAUUGCAGCAGACAUUGUGACAGCUACACUAAAGAGAGAGAACAGUCUGCAUGCCAGAAAGCUCAGCAGUAUGAAUGGCUCUAUAAGAAAGUCGCUCAAGGAUGUAGCGAAGAACAAGGCAGCAGAUACGCAGAUCGUGACCAAAGGACAACAACUUAUCGAGAAGGAAACGGUAGAGACAGGAAAGGUGAAGUUUUCUCUGUACAUGAAGUAUCUCCGCGCAGUCGGCUGGGGCUACUCCUUCUGGAUAUCUGUGAACUAUAUCUUGCAGAACGUUGCCUUUGUUGGACAGAACAUUUGGUUGAGUGAAUGGACCACAGACGCACAGACGUAUUAUAAUAAGACCUAUCCGACGUCGCAGAGAGACAUGAGGGUGGGGGUAUUUGGAGCUCUGGGGGUGGCACAAGGCUUCUUCGUGUUUCUCGGUGCAUUUCUGGUGGCUGCCGGUACAGUCCGCGCUUCAAGGCUGCUUCACGCACAGCUCCUUCGCAAUAUCCUACACACUCCUAUGACUUUCUUUGACACCACCCCAACUGGGCGGAUUGUGAACAGAUUUGCCAAGGACAUCUUUACUGUGGACGAGACCAUCCCCAUGUCAUUCCGCAGCUGGUUAAACUGUGUAUUGGGUGUGAUCAGCACCUUGUUUUUGAUCUGUUUGGCCACUCCUAUCUUUGCUGCCGUCAUUGUACCACUGACCAUUUUCUAUUACUUUGUUCAGAGGUUCUAUGUCAACACCUCCCGACAGCUCAGGCGUCUGGAUUCGGUCACAAGGUCGCCCAUCUAUUCCCAUUUCGGGGAGACGGUCUCCGGCCUGUCGGUCAUCCGCGCUUACAGACAUCAGCAGAGAUUCCUCCAACAUAAUGAAGAUACCAUCGACAUCAACCAGAAAAGCGUUUAUUCCUGGAUCGUCUCCAACAGGUGGUUGGCUAUUCGUCUGGAGUUCGUUGGGAACUUGACCGUAUUCUUUGCUGCGCUCUUUGCGGUGUUGGCCCGUGGCACCGUGGACAGUGGUAUUGUCGGACUGUCUAUCUCCUCAGCACUCAAUAUAACUCAGACCCUUAACUGGCUGGUGCGGAUGACGUCUGAGCUGGAGACAAACAUUGUCGCUGUAGAGCGUGUGGAUGAGUAUAUCAAAGUGGAGAACGAGGCACCGUGGGAAACACAGAAGCGCCCCUCACAGGACUGGCCGGACAAAGGGGUUGUGCAGUUUCUCGACUACAAGGUCCGUUACCGUCCUGAAUUAGAUCUUGUUCUCCAUGGGAUAUCAUGCACAGUGGAGAGCACGGAGAAGGUGGGAAUUGUCGGGAGAACAGGGGCUGGAAAAUCCUCCCUCACUAACUGCAUCUUCCGGAUCAUCGAGUCGGCCGGCGGAAAGAUCCUCAUCGAUGGUGUGGACAUUUCUACUAUAGGUCUCCAUGAGCUGCGCAAGAAACUGACCAUAAUCCCUCAGGACCCUGUGCUGUUCUCGGGGACCCUGCGGAUGAACCUGGACCCGUUUAAUGAGUAUAAUGACGAGGAAGUCUGGAAAGCUCUUGAGCUCUCUCACCUCAAGCCGUACAUAGAGGAGCUGCAGGAGAGACUCUUCUACGAAGUGAGCGAAGGAGGAGAAAACCUGAGUGUCGGCCAGAGGCAGCUGCUGUGCCUGGCCCGGGCGCUACUUCGGAAAUCCAAAAUCCUGAUUCUGGAUGAAGCCACGGCCGCCGUGGAUCUGGAAACGGAUCAUUUAAUCCAGAAAACAAUCCGCAGCGAAUUUGCAGACUGCACCGUGCUAACCAUCGCGCAUCGGCUGCACACCAUCAUGGACAGCAACAAAGUAAUGGUGUUGGACGCCGGCAGAAUCGUAGAAUACGGAGACCCGGAACACCUCUUGGCGAGCCAGGGACACUUCGCCUCUAUGGCCAAGGAUGCCGGGAUAACGGACACCAACAGCACCACGUUGUAAAUCCUAAAGGACGCGGCCAUGUGUGGCAAAACCACAAAACGGGCAACCUGAUGCCCAAAAAGCCAAGAAAACAAAAAUAAACUAAUAAAAGCAAAAGAACAAUGAAACGUCCGCUUAGACGACAGCACAGUAUGUAAAUGUGGCAUUAUAUUGUGAUAUGAGGUCUCAGUGUCCCACAUUCCACAUGCACACCCGAUAGCGGUGUCAUUAUCAGCUCCUUACUGUCUCUUGCUAAUGCCCGGGGUGACUGCGGAGUGCUGUUUACUAAGCUAAACCAGAUGAAGAUGAAGGAGAUCGUCGCUCAUUGCCGCAGACUACAAAGAAAUCUCUAAAGAAACUUAGAUGUAGGACCACAAGUCACAGCAUACCCUCUCAGGACUGCUAUAAAGAACAUUUACAGUUGCUAUUCAAUUUUUCAUUUGGUAAAACCAUUAUUGCUGGGUUCCUUCAUAUAAAUACACUGGUGCAAAAAAAAUUGUCCUAACCCUACAUGUAACCUGUGAUAGCAUUGCUACUUUCCCAAUAAUUCCCCAGGGUGAGACUAUUGCCCCAUCAUGUUACCCUACAUGUAACCUGUGAUAUCACUGCUACUUUCCCAAUAAUUCCCCAGGGUGAGACUGUUGCGCCAUCAUGUUACCCUACAUGUAACCUGUGAUAGCAUUGCUACUUUCCCAAUAAUUCCCCAGGGUGAGACUGUUGCCCCAUCAUGUUACCCUACAUGUAACCUGUGAUAGCACUGCUACUUACCCAAUAAUUUCCAAGGGUGAGACUAUUGCCCCAUCAUGUUACCGUACAUAUAACCUGUGAUAGCAUUGCUCCUUACCCAGUAAUUACCCUAGGGUGAGACUAAUGCCCCAUCAUGUUACCCUACAUAUAACCUGUGAUAGCAUUGCUACUUACCCAGUAAUUCCCCAGGGUGAGACUAUUGCCCCAUCAUGUUACCCUACAUAUAACCUGUGAUAGCAUUGCUACUUACCCAGUAAUUCCCCAGGGUGAGACUAGUGCCCCAUCAUGUUACCCUACAUAUAACCUGUGAUAGCAUUGCUACUUACCCAAUAAUUGCCCAUGGUGAGACUAUUGCCCCAUGAUGUUACCCCACAUAUAACCUGUGAUAGCACUGCUACUUACCCAGUAAUUACCCUAGGUGAGACUAUUGCCUCAUCAUGUUACCCUACAUGUAACCUGUGAUAGCAUUGCUACUUACUCAGUAAUUGCCCAGGGUGAGACUAUUGCCCCAUGAUGUUACCCCACAUAUAACCUGUGAUAGCAUUGCUACUUACCCAAUCAUUUUCCAGGGUGAGACUAUUGCGCCAUUAUGUUACCCUACAUAUAACCUGUGAUAGCACUGCUCCUUACCCAGUAAUUACCCUAGGGUGAGACUAUUGCCCCAUCAUGUUACCCUACAUGUAACCAGUGAUAGCAUUGUUACUUACCCAGUAAUUCUCCAGGGUGAGACUAUUGCCCCAUCAUGUUACCCUACAUGUAACCAGUGAUAGCAUUGUUACUUACCCAGUAAUUACCCAGGGUGAGACUAUUGCGCCAUCAUGUUACCCUACAUAUAACCUGUGAUAGCACUGCUCCUUACCCAGUAAUUACCCUAGGGUGAGACUAUUGCCCCAUCAUGUUACCCUACAUGUAACCAGUGAUAGCAUUGUUACUUACCCAGUAAUUCCCCAGGGUGAGCCUAUUGCCCCAUCAUGUUACCCUACAUGUAACCAGUGAUAGCAUUGUUACUUACCCAGUAAUUACCCAGGGUGAGACUAUUGCGCCAUCAUGUUACCCUACAUAUAACCUGUGAUAGCACUGCUCCUUACCCAGUAAUUACCCUAGGGUGAGACUAUUGCCCCAUCAUGUUACCCUACAUGUAACCAGUGAUAGCAUUGUUACUUACCCAGUAAUUCCCCAGGGUGAGACUAUUGCCCCAUCAUGUUGCAGUGUAAGAGGUUAUCCACAUCCUGUUGCCUAAUGGCUCAUGUAGACGACUUGCUGAGACCACGGGGUAGCUAUAAUAAUGAGCAGGUUGGUAAAGGUGGCUUUUACCUGGUUUAGCAUCUAUUACUAUCUUAAAGCUAUGACGACUGUCAGCUUUGACAAGCCGCUCCUUAAUACAUUUACCCCCCCACAUUAGCAAUUACCCUGAUUGCACCUUUGCAAAAACCUCUGGGUAUUUUGAUUUGCUACAUAUAGGUUUCUUAUGCCUGUUUAGGGGACAUAUUUACUAAUUUUUAGGUUCUGGACCUGAAAAUGCUAAUAAUAUUGCUGCUGUUCACUAUAAGAAAUAAUCCACUGCUGGGAUGCACUAUUGUACACAUGUGAUGUCCCAAAUUAAUGCCACGAAUAGUGAGUGCCCGAUGCUUUUUGCUAGGCAAAUUCGGCAAGAAAGCAGCCCCAGAGGUUUCUAUAAAGACUGCGCGCAAAACCAGCAGAUCGCAGCAGAUAUCAGAGGAUACUUAUUAUUUGUAGGUACGUUCCAAAAAUGGGUGUUUUGGGGGAAUAACCUGCAAAUAAUAAUUGAUAAAUAGACCCCAAAGACAGAGAUACCACCUAACCCCCCACCUCAAACAAUGACCCAUCUACUUCCGUGUAAUCAUGGUCUGAACAUUUUUAAAAAAAAUCUUAUUAGAACAAUUUGAAACCAAUCUGGUUCCAGGGUUUUCCGUUAUAUACCAUCCUCUGCACAUUGCCAUAUCAGGUAGUGUUACCAGCCCGGUGGGGUGCUAACUCAUUGACAAUACAGUCAGCAUUUUUGCCUGUUGGAUCAAAACAUUGCACCCUACCUAUAAUAUCCAAUUAGUAUGUUUCUAUAGCAUUCAUUUUAUGUACUUGUCUAAGGACCAGGAGCAGUGUAACUGAGAUACAAGACAAUGCUGUCAUAUUUAAUUGUUGUAUAUCUGUAUUAUGUAUUUCAAAAAAUAAAUUAAAAGAUUUUUUUUUUUAA